GGUUACUUCACCAUCUCUUAAAGUCUCUUGCAACCCUAAAAAUUCACUGAAAGAUGGAAGUGAUUCAUUAUUUGGACACCAUGUUAGUCCCCUUGAGCCUCUUCCUCACAAUAAGCUACCAUGCCUAUCUAUGGCACAACCUCAAGAACAAACCUUCAAUAACCACCAUAGGCAUGCACACCUUAAGGAGGAGAGCAUGGCUUCAAGACUUGAAUCAGGGUGAUGACAAGAAGGGUAUGCUGGCUGUGCAGAGCUUGAGGAACACAUUAAUGGACACUAUACUGACUGCUUCAAUAGCAAUUAUCAUUGUCAUUUCAUUGGCAGCUAUAACAAACAACACCUACAGUGCGAGCCACCUAUUGAGCAGCCCAAUUUUCGGGUCACAGUCCGGUAGGAUCGUGGUUUUGAAGUAUGGUGCUGCAUCACUCUUUCUGUUGAUUAGCUUCUUGUGUAGCUCAAUGGCUCUCGGAUGCUUCAUUGAUGCCAAUUUCUUGAUCAAUGCGUCGAAGGAGUUCUCGUCUCCUGGAUACACAAGAACCAUAGUGGAGCGAGGGUUCAUGUUGUCUGUGGUAGGCAACCGGAUGCUCUGCAUCACAGUUCCAUUGUUGUUGUGGAUGUUUGGUCCUAUACCGAUGGCGCUGUCCUCAGGGGCAUUGAUUUGGGGGCUUUAUGAGCUUGAUUUUGCUGGGAACUUGAGGUCAAGGAACAAACAAGACCUCACAUGAAUGCAUAACACAUAAAACAAAGGAUGUAAGGAAAAAAAAAAACAACAAACAAACUUUUAGUACAUGAAUAAGAACUUUUAGUACAUGAAUUGCUUCUUUAUGCAGUAUGUUUUCUAUGGAGGUGUUAUAUGGAGUAUUUUUUUUUUUCCUCGAC